CGAACCAGUUCAAUGCAGGCUCUGGGAUUUUUUCAGCACGCUCACGGAGUUUACGUGCUCUAAAUGCCUACAAUACAGAGGAAUCCAGCUACUUCUAAUGGGAUGCAUUUGCCGAGAGGAAGAAUUCCUCAUUUAAGAUGGGCAAUAAGCAAACAAUAUUUACUGAUGAACAGCUAGAUGCCUACCAGGACUGCACAUUCUUCACUCGGAAGGAAAUCCUUCGGUUGCACGGCCGAUACUAUGAAAUGGCACCAAACGUUGUGCCCAUGGACUAUACAAAGGACCCAGAUGUUAAACUACCUAUGCAGCUUAUAAUAAACAUGCCUGAGCUGAAGGAGAAUCCCUUCAAAGAAAGGAUUGUGUCAUCUUUCUCAGAAGAUGGAGAGGGGAGCCUGAGCUUCAAUGACUUUGUGGAUAUGUUCUCCGUGCUCAGUGAAAUGGCUCCCCGAGAGCUGAAAGCAAUCUAUGCCUUUAAGAUUUAUGAUUUUAACACAGAUAACUUCAUUUGUAAAGCAGACUUGGAAAAAACCCUCAAUAAGCUGACCCGAGAAGAGCUGACAGCGGAGGAAAUCACUCUGGUUUGUGAGAAGGUGAUAGAAGAAGCUGACAUGGAUGGUGAUGGGAAACUAGGAUUUGCAGAUUUUGAAAACAUGAUUUCCAAGGCACCAGACUUUCUCAGUACUUUCCACAUAAGAAUCUGAAGAUGUUUCUGCCAGUCCAACCUUUCUGAAUCUCAGGCACUCUAGGGAUUUUUGUCCUCUAGUGAGGGCUUCCUAGAACUCAGCAGAAAGUACAGAAAGAAUUCUGGUCCACAAAGAGACAGAAGCAUCAUGUGAUCUACAGGAUAUUUGGAACUGACACAUUUUUAUCUUCUCUGCUGGCCAAGCACUCUGGCGAAGAUGAUUGGUUGUUGGAUUGUGGUAUUUCUUUUUUUCCCUCUUUUUUUUAACAGUCAGAAUCAGAGUAUUAUUAAAGGUAUUUCCACAGAGUUUUUAUAUUUAUGAAUAUUUAAUACUGCUCUUAAUAGUGAAAAAACCCAAAACCAAAAAAACUGAGAGAUUAACUUUGGUGUGUUUUCCAAGAGUAUUUGAAAGAAAGCACGGGCCUUAAAUAAUGAGAUGCCUCUAUCACUGUGUUGUACAGCUGGGAUCUUGCAUGGAAAUUACCUGAGGUGAAAGAACUGCAGUCAAGAUCAAGCUCCCAGUGUUGAAGACAGCCACAGCCCAGGUUUGCCUUUCAGCCACUAAAAUGGCAACUGCUGGGUUUGGUGCUUACCUUCAACCAAUAUUUUAUGGAUUGUUGUGUCCUUAUAAAACUUGAAAUAUUUGCCUUUUGUAUAUGAUAAUUGUGUACGUGAUUAAUUUCUUCCCAAGAUAAAUGUUAAAACUGUGUCCUUAUUCUCAAAGGGGCUCCUGCAUUUUACUCAUUCUGUGGGUAUAUGAUAAUGUUCUUGAAUGGAGGAACAUGGUCAUCUGUAACUCAUGAAGAAGUUGAAGAAGCACAGAACUACUAUUAAGGACAUGAAAAGAUAUUUUCUUUUGAAACAAGCUAUGCAAUCUCUCCCAUAAAAUGCAUGAAUGCAGUUCUAUCUUUUCCUUUCCU